AUGGGCACGAAGAACAAGCACGAGCACUCACAAGUGGAGCGUGUGGCCGCCGGUAUCGACCGCUACAGAGAACGCUCCCGCCCGUGGUCGGCACCGCACCACGUCGUCGACGACGAGGGGUUGGAUAAGAGCGCCCCUCCCCGAACCCUAGCUACCCACUCGCCCCACUCCUCUCUGUCCCUCCGCCUCGCCCCUCGCCAGAUCCCCUUUCCUCUAGCCCUCUUCCUCUCGGUCCCGAGCCGCCCGAGCACUACCACCGCCGUGCCAUCGUCGUUCGCCUGCUCCGGCUUCUUCCCGGGCUACGGGAGGUUGGCAGGGGGCCUCGCCGCGCCCCGUAGUCACCGUCCACACCACCAGCACAGGCUUCGGAGUUCCCUGCCGCUGGAUCGGGCGUCGCCCGCACCGGCAACCACGUCGACCACCGCCACCGCCUCGCCGCGUACAACUACUCCGACAUCUCCUCGACCUAUCCUGAGCUCCCCAUCUGCCGCCGCUAUGACGGAGUUCCAGGAGCCAGAUGACACCUUUGACGACUGCUACUACACCGAGGGCGUCUACUACCACGUGACGGAGACCGCCGAUGACCAGGAGUAGUUAGGAGGCUCCCAGGCAGGAG